AUGUCGCUGUCUUGUCAUCUUUUCCUAAUUUCCUACGUUGAAACCGCUCGGCCAGUCUCCCGACCGCCACCGUUAGCGCCACAACCAGUGUCGCGUCCACCUCCAUCGGGUCCCCGCCGAGAGCUUAUUGGACCAGCUCCACCUCCAGCAUACCCAGCGCCACCCCCGUACCCUGCCCCUCCUCCCCGGUAUCCAGCUCCAUACGCAGGACAUCCUCCUCCUGCGCUUGUAACGCCUUCCGCAUAUCCACGAGAUGAAGCUGCUCCGCCGGUUCUAGCUUACCAAAGGGAAAAGCCAUCACCUCCUCCUCCACCGAGAUUCCACCCGAGACCACCUCCAAGUGAGGUCGGUAUGCAUAGAGAUCGCUCGAUCCAUCUGAUUGCUCUGAAUAAUCCUUAUGAUGGAAAUAUGCGUGGAAUGCGUGGAGCAGAUCUGCAAUGCUAUCGUGAGGCAAGAAUGGCUGGAUUUACUACUACCUUCCGCGCGAUGCUUUCUAACAAUGUACAGGUAAGUAUCAACCACUCACUACGGAUAUGA